GGACGGCACACAGCAUGGAGCUCUCUCCUCUGGGCCUGCUGCUGCUUGUGCUGAUCUUGUGUUCCUACUCUGGACAUGCUGCAGAUCCCCCUAUAGUAACUGUGUCUUCUCAUCCUCCUCUCUAUCCUGGAGAGAGGGUCACUCUAAGGUGUGAUAUGUCAGGGUACACAGACUGGGUUCAGUACGUCUGGUACAAAGACAAUAAUCAGUUUAAUCACAACAGACAGACUCUCACUAUAACUCUCCCUGGUUAUGCUGGCCAGUACACAUGCAAAGGGCGGAGAAGUGGUUGGCAACAGUAUACUCAGAGGAGUGCUCCGGUCUCUAUCAGUGUCACAGAUCUCCCUGUAGCUACAGUGGCUGUAGAGUCUCCUCAACCUCCCUUCUAUCCUGGAGACAAAGUCACUCUGAGGUGUGAUAUAGCAGAGCACACAUACUAUUACUGGUAUAAAGACAAUCUAUUUAAGGAGAACAAAAAGACCCUCACCAUUCCUCUCCCUGAUCAUGCUGGCCAGUACACAUGUGAAGGAUAUAGAAGUGAUAGGAAACUGUAUUCUCAGAGGAGUGCUCCUGUCUCUAUCAGUGUCACAGCCCUGCCCACAGCUAAACUUACUGUAGAGCCCCAGAGUCCUGUGUUCACUGGAGAGACGGUCACUCUGGAGUGUGUGAUAGAGUCUCUCGGUGGCUGGACAUAUAAGUGGUAUAAGGAGUCCAGCAGAACCCCAGUGUCUGAGGAAAACACCUUCACCAUCAGAGGAGCUGCUGAGUCUCAUAAGGGCCAGUACUGGUGUCAGGGGGAGAGGAGACACAGACCCACAGCAUCACACCCAAGCAGGAGAAUUACUCUUGAUGUCAAAGCCCUGCCCACAGCUACACUGACUGUAGAGCCCCAGAGUCCUGUGUUCACUGGAGAGACGGUCACUCUGACCUGUGUGAUAGAGUCUCUCGGUGGCUGGACAUAUAAGUGGUAUAAGGAGUCCAGCAGAACCCCAGUGUCUGAGGAAAACACCUUCACCAUCAGAGGAGCUGCUGAGUCUCAUAAGGGCCAGUACUGGUGUCAGGGGGAGAGGAGACACAGACCCACAUCAUCACAACCAAGCUGGAGAACAACUCUUGAUGUCAAAGCAUCAAAGCCCAAACUCACAUUAAGUCCAGACCGCCAGCUCCUCACAGGAGACUCAGUGACUCUGAGAUGUGAGUUGGGUGUUUCCUCUGGUUUGGUGUUCUACUGGUACAGAGACACACAGACCUCUGAUCCUGUGAACCAGACUGAUGGAGACUCCUACAGCAUCAGCUCUGUUAACAUCUCUGAUGGAGGACAGUACUGGUGCAGAGCUGGGAGAGGAGACCCAGACUUCUAUACUCAAUAUAGUGAUGCAGCUGAGAUAACAGUUACAGAUGCUGGGUCCUCUAAGUCCAUGGUAACAGUAGGUGUGGUGAUUAGACUGCUUCUUGCCUUUGCUCUGAUGAUUUUAAUGGUAGUCCUGAUGCAUUGCUCCCAGAAAGCAAAGGGUUCAGUGUUAGUGACGCCAAACCCUGGUCUGCAGCAGAGCGACAGUCACAGUCCAACCUCACAGAACAGAGUUUUAGGUGGUGCUGUGGCUGGAACCAGUGAUGUGGUCUAUGACGAGAUUGAGCUGAAGGAUACACUCUAAGAAGUCUGAUGUGUGUGCUCAGAGACAACACAUUUUGCAUCAAUUUCAACUCAACACAUUAGAUAUGUCAUACAGUAUAUUGACACAUUUGUGUUAUUCUGACACACUGUGUGUCAGUAACGUGUAGUUUUAAACAUACGUUAUGCAUAUUAGAGGGGUACUUUAUUUCAAUAUUAACCCACUGGUGUCCACAAAUAAAUUAAGAAUAAUGAACCUGGCCAAUAAAGCUGAUUGAUUCUGA